AGGCCAUGAAGGACAAGGUUGCUUCCAUCAAGAGAGAGUUCAGUGAGCUGAAGAAGGGAGCAGGAGAAUUGCAGUCUCAGAUAGAUUCCAAGUCACCUCUUGUGCGAGAAAUAGAUGAACAAAUUGCGCAGCUUCAAUCUAGGAAAGCCGAACUUACUCAUGAUCUUGAGUCGACAAAUAAGGCGAAAGCGCAGGUGGUUGCUGAGCAGAAGAUCAUGGCAAACUCUAUAUCAGCCGUCAUGCGAGAGAUCCAGAUUGCCAGUGCUGAAAUCCCAGUAUGGGGAAUGAAGAAAAAAAAUGCCGAAAAGCGAAUGGCUGAGAUCCUUGACAGCCGAUUGCUCCAUCGAAAAUUUCGACCAUCUUGGAAAGGAAUCGAUUAAAUUUGUGAUAUCUGGCGCGUAAUAAUUGAUUUAGGUGAACAGAGGAGCUCGCAGAGUAAUGUUCUGCAUCCAAAGCUGAAACCGCAAGAGCAACCAAGAUCGAUCAAAGUUGACGUAAUUCACAGUGACAGAGUCGUAGAGUCAUGGUCAAGUUUGAGCUUCAAGCUGCUUCUGCAGAGCUGAAGCGUAAAUUCUGGUAGAAUUCAUCAGCUUUCUUGAAACUCUGGGCUGUUUCUUGAUGAUCAUCUUUUGUUUCGUUUCUGGUGAGAGGGUGAUUUCGACCGACUAAUCGACCAUCGACGCUUGUCGUGAUAGCGCCAACAGAUUUUGAGUAUUUUAACUGUCAGUUCCUACUUAUUAUGUAAACGGUUUCGACCCUUGACAAGACGCGAUUUUUAAUGCUAAUUCAUUAGAAGGGCCAACAGUGCUAC